AUGCACGAGCUCCCCAAAGCCUCCGAAAUCUUCUCCUCCGGUUACAUAGUUGGAAAGUUCAACAUCACCGAGCGCAGAACAGCCACCGCCGUAGAAACAUGCCACCAGCUUUUUGACCUCGAACUGGACCACCUCAACGGCUCACUCGUAAUACAGAACAUGAAAAUAUCUGAAGCUUUCGAUGAUCUUCUUACGUGGCUGAGAUCCGCGGGGACGUUUCAACAAUCGUGUUUCGACGAGAUCGAAAGCGCAUCCGCUGAAUUAAACGCUUUCGUCGAUUACCGCUUUGGGGGCGAUCGGGAGGAGGAGGAGGGGUUUUGGGUCGGAUUGGGUUUCAGUGGAGGACAGGCGGAUGCUUGCGACGGUGGUGAAUUCGAGUGCGUAGGCGGCGGCGGGGGUGAAGGCGGAUGCGGAGGUGGCGAAGGAUGGGUCGUGGAAGUACAAGACGAUCGGGAAGCUCUGAAGGGUGUGCCGGAGAAGAGUACGAAGAGGUAUGUGAUAUAUGUGAAGAAGGGGGUUUAUGUGGAGAAUGUGGUGGUGGAGAAGUCCAAGUGGAACGUGAUGAUGGUCGGCGACUGCAAGAAUGCGACGAUUGUUUCCGGGAGUAUCAAUGUUGUCGACGGAACCCCGACGUUUCAGUCGGUCACUUUUGGCGUAGCCUCUAACUCCCGUUGCAUUAUAUCGAUCCAAAACUGCAAUAUGGGGCCCUUCGGAGACCUGACCGGGGUCAAAACGUAUUUGGGCCGGCCCUGGAAAUAUUACUCCACCACUGUUUUCUUUCAAAGUGUGAUGGACCGAUGCAUUGACCCGAAAGGGUGGCUCCCAUGGGUCGGGUCAUCGGCCCGAGCACUAUUUUCUACGCUGCGCUUUGGAAUACGGGCUUCGGUUCAGUGA